ACACACAGUGGGUCACUUGUCACUGAGUUGUACCAAACAUGGGGGUUCUCUUGCUGAUACUGUUAGUCGGGUGUGCCUGGGGUCAACAUGGCACCAUCAUGGACGUGUUGCAUCACCGCAGAGACACUUCAUUCAUCAGCUACAUACAGCAAGCGGGUCUUGAAGAUACUCUCAAGGGAGCAGGACCUUUCACCGUGUUUGCUCCCACCAAUCAUGCGUUUAGGAGACUGAGCACUGAAAUCGCUGCCAAGAUGAAGCUCGACCCGGCUCUGUUGAAGUCGAUCAUCAAGUACCACAUCGUCAGCGGCAGCACCCUGUCGCACAACGAUCUGAUGGCGAACGAGAAGUUGAUCCCGUCAAUGGAAGGUCACGACAUUAGAGUGAACCACUAUCUAUUCAACCAGCACAUGUUAGUGACCGGGGCACGUAUCUACCACUAUUCUGGGUUGACGGCUACAAACGGCGCCGUUAUCGAGAUAAAUGACGUCAUGAUACCCCCGGGCGGUAGCGUCCUCGACCUCAUCAACAACGAUCCCGAACUCAGUACGUUGAAGCAGGUGGUACAGAGCGCUGGGCUGACCACGUUUCUACAAGAACAGCAUCCAAUCACCCUAUUUGCGCCAACUAACAAAGCUUUCGAAGCUCUAGGCGGGAGUGUUACCCAAGGCUUGAUUCAACAGCCAGCCCUGCUUACUACUCUUCUGAAGUACCAUGUGGUUCCCGGCAGCCUGUGGAGUGAUGACUUCCACCAACAGAUGCUGGAGACUUUCGAUGAUGAUGAUAAACUAAGACUUCAUAAGUUCUUGUUUUUUGGCUAUGAUGUAGACAGUGCUCAGAUUAAAACGAAGGAUAUUGCAGCGACUAACGGGGUGGUGCACAAGAUCGCAGAUGUUUUGGUACCGAAAUCAAUUCAGGCCCAGGUGUCGGCAUUGAAAGUAACUACGGCGCCACCACCGGUCGUAAAUCCGUCUGAUGCUCCUUAAUCUGUCCAAUAAACUACCAGAGUUAUC